AUGCAUGGACAAGCGCGUGUCGCUGUUGCGGGAGGUGCUCUUUGGCAUUCGGACGGUGAAGUGCUACGCCUGGGAGGAUGCCAUGUUCAAUCGCAUCUCGAACUCCAGAAGGGAGGAAGUCAGGAGCUUGACGAGAUACUACGGCACCUUGGACGCUGA